AUGACAUCAACAGGGAAAGAAGGCAGCGGAGCUCAACAUGCACAAUAUGUUGGACCCUAUCGUUUGGAGAAAACCCUAGGAAAAGGACAGACAGGGCUUGUGAAGUUGGGGGUUCACUGUGUCACAUGUCAGAAGGUUGCGAUAAAAAUUGUCAACAGAGAGAAGCUCAGCGAGUCGGUGCUAAUGAAGGUGGAGCGGGAAAUAGCCAUCCUGAAGUUGAUAGAGCAUCCCCAUGUUUUAAAGCUGCAUGACGUUUACGAAAAUAAAAAAUAUUUGUACUUGGUGCUAGAACACGUGUCAGGUGGGGAGCUCUUCGACUAUCUUGUAAAAAAGGGAAGAUUGACACCAAAAGAAGCCAGGAAGUUCUUCCGACAAAUCAUCUCUGCUUUAGACUUCUGCCAUAGUCAUUCAAUAUGCCACAGGGACUUGAAACCAGAAAACCUACUGCUGGAUGAAAAGAACAAUAUCCGGAUAGCAGAUUUUGGGAUGGCGUCGCUGCAGGUUGGGGACAGCUUGUUAGAAACCAGUUGUGGAUCACCGCAUUAUGCCUGCCCUGAAGUUAUCCGGGGAGAAAAGUACGAUGGAAGGAAAGCAGACGUCUGGAGCUGUGGAGUCAUUUUAUUUGCGUUGCUAGUGGGUGCCCUGCCGUUCGAUGACGACAACUUGCGGCAGCUGUUGGAGAAGGUGAAACGUGGAGUGUUCCACAUGCCACAUUUUAUCCCUCCGGACUGUCAGAACCUCUUGCGGGGGAUGAUUGAAGUGGAUGCCUCGAAACGUCUCACGCUAGAACAUAUUCAGAAACACAUAUGGUAUAUAGGGGGUAAGAAUGAGCCAGAACCAGAGCAACCAAUCCCUCGAAAGGUGCAGAUUCGUUCUCUCCCUUCCUUGGAGGAUAUUGAUCCAGACGUGUUAGAUAGCAUGCACUCGUUAGGCUGCUUCCGUGACCGAAAUAAACUCUUACAGGACUUGUUGUCAGAAGAAGAAAACCAAGAGAAAAUGAUUUAUUUUCUUCUACUUGACCGGAAGGAGAGAUAUCCUAGUCAUGAAGAUGAGGAUCUUCCCCCUAGAAAUGAAAUAGAUCCCCCCAGGAAGCGUGUGGACUCCCCAAUGCUGAACAGGCAUGGGAAGCGACGACCAGAAAGGAAGUCGAUGGAGGUUCUCAGUGUGACAGAUGGCGGCUCCCCAGUCCCUGCUCGCAGAGCUAUUGAAAUGGCACAACAUGGACAGAGUAAAACAAUGUUCAGUAAAAGCCUGGAUAUCUCUGAAGCCAAUCCCAAAUUCAACAAAGAAGAAAGGUCUCGGUCAAUCAGUGGAGCUUCAUCUGGGCUUUCCACCAGUCCUCUCAGCAGUCCAAGGCCUAUCAGAAAGUUCUUCAUCCCCCCUCAGACCUCCGACCUCCCUUUCUCUCCCCGACCCCAAGUCUCCUUGGACCCUGAUGCUUGUAGGAACGCCUCCAGGCCUGGACAUGUACUCCAACCAAAGCCAGCACUUCAGCCCAACCCAAAGACGCAGACUUUGCCAUCCAAGAGCAAAUUGGCCGAAAAACCACUCCAGUCUACUAAAUCCAACCCACUCCCUUCCAGCAAUACCGGCGCACCCUCUUCCCAGAACAGCCCUGUGCAGAAUGCCCCAGGCCGCUCGCCUGCUGCCGGCUUUAACCCACAGCUGGCUGUUCCUAAAUUGCAGACCAACCCUAUGUCUCCUGUUAGAUUACUCCCUUCUAGUACUGACCCAAGCACCAAAUCUAUCCCCAUCAUACAGGUUACCCCUCACCCCUCUCCAAGGGGAAGUCCCCUCCCUACCCCCAAGGGGACACCUGUCCAUACGCCAAAGGAGAGCCCAGCAGGCACACCCAACCCAACACCACCAUCCAGCCCCAGCAUUGGAGGAAUGCCAUGGAGGACACGGCUCAACUCAAUCAAGAAUAGUUUCCUGGGGUCUCCUCGCUUCCAUCGCCGGAAAUUGCAAGUACCUACACCAGAGGAAAUGUCCAAUUUAACCCCAGAAUCAUCCCCAGAGCUUGCCAAAAAAUCCUGGUUUGGUAACUUCAUUAAUCUGGAGAAAGAAGAACAGAUUUUUGUGGUCAUUAAGGACAAACCUUUAAGCUCCAUUAAGGCUGAUAUUGUCCACGCUUUCCUGUCGAUUCCAAGCCUCAGUCACAGUGUCAUCUCACAGACAAGUUUCCGUGCAGAGUACAAGUCCACAGGGGGUCCUGCUGUCUUCCAGAAGCCAGUGAAGUUCCAGGUGGACAUAACAUACACAGAAGGGGGAGAAGCGCAGAAGGAAAACGGGAUCUAUUCUGUCACUUUCACGCUCUUAUCAGGUCCAAGCCGUCGUUUUAAGAGGGUAGUAGAAACCAUUCAGGCACAGUUGUUAAGCACACAUGACCAGCCUUCAGUGCAGCAAUUAUCAGACACCACUAACUGUAUGGAGUUGAUGACUGGCAGACUUUCCAAAUGUGGCAGCCCAUUGAGUAACUUCUUUGACGUAAUUAAACAACUUUUUUCAGACGAGAAGAACGGGCAGGUGAGCCAUCCCCCCGGCACGCCAACCAAGCAUAGCGCAAACAGCAAGCGGAGCGAUUCCGGUUCUAAUGACUAUGGGUCUAGAGGAGACAAUAAGUACCCUGCUGGCAAAGACAAGGCAAAGAUGGUCUCAUCAGUCGGCCUACAAGACCAACCUUAAAUAAACACAUAAAAUUAAAUAACUUAGAAACAAAAUCAGAAACAAACAAACAAACAAAAAAUAAAUAAAGCAAGAAAGAAUGAAAGAAUAUUCCUUAGCAAGCUAGCCUCUAAACUAGAAGGAUGUAUAUACCUUGCCACAACAGUACAAAACUGUCUAUAGACAAAUUUUGUAUGAAGGAAUGACUGUAUAUAUAUACAUAUAUAUAUUUAUAUAUGAUAUAUAAUAUAUAUCUCAGAAACAAACACAAAAACAAACGAACAAAAGAAUGAAAAGAAAAGAAAGAAAAGAAAAGGUAGCACAGAUGACAAACCCAGUUCGACAGAUCUUGGGUUGUGGUUUUUUUUUAUGGCUUUUUUUUUUCCUCCCUUUUUUUGAAUGUUUUUGGUUGUUUUUUUUUCCUCCUUCCUGAUUUUUUGGGUUUUAUUAUUAUUAUUACUUUUUGUUCACUUUUGUUUUGUUUCUUGUUCUGUUCAUGCUCUCUCUGUGUUUCUGACGACACCACUUGUUUCCGCUCUGCUACCAGGAAUUAUCCCGAAAAGUUAACAUGUCAGCCACGGCUUCACCUUCUGUGCUCUGCGGACACUUGUUGACGGAAGGCAACCGAUGUAGACUGUCCAAGGACCAGUCCUGUUUGAGGUUCCCAGCCUCCCCUCUCCCUUCAGGAAGUGGGUUUCUCCCCCACUUCUCCCCAGACAUCUCCCCAAUGCACGCUUUUUUACUUUUAUUUUUUCUUGAUUUUUUUUUAAAUUUUUUUUCUUUUUUCUUUUCUUUUUUUCUUUUUUUUUUUCCUCUCUCUUUUUCAUUUUUGGUGCUCCACAAGAGAGAUCUGCUCAGUUAUGGGAUUGCACAGUCUGGGCUGAAAGGAGGUUGCAAAUUGUUGGAGUGAAAUCUUUGCCCUUGGCAGCUUCUGUCCGCGCAGGUGAACUCAGCCUGGAGCGGGAGGGUGUGGGGAAGGAGACGGGGUAGUGGGAGCGCAGUGUUGCGUGGAUCCAGAGCGCGUUCUCAUCAGAAACCAGCCAGGAGCAACUCAAAACUAAGCCUUGAACCAAGACAAUAUUGGGGAGCUUCAUCAAGGAUUUUCAUAGCCUUCUUUUUCUCCCCACCACCUUUUCUGUUUCUUUUGCCCCCCCUUUUUUAAUAUAUAUAUAUAUAUAUAUAUAUACAUGUAUAUAUAUGUGCGUAUGUUUUGAUUAAAAUACACAUGCAUACAUAUAUAUGCAUAUAUAUAUAUAUAUAUACACACAGAAAAUAAUUGUGUUUUGUUUUGUUUUGAUUCGUUUUGUUUUUAAUGCUGUCUCAUUUUGCUUUUUGACCUGCUGGAAGGGGAAAGGAGUAAACUUAGGAGGGAGAGGGGGGUUAAACGAAUAAACACAUACAAACAAAACACGAAAACUUAGGGAAAAGGCAACUUCUGGUAGCAAAGAAGGGGGACAAGACUCUGCCAAGGACUGUCUCUCCCGCCGCCAGGCACGGUUGCUGCUGCUGCUGCUGCUGUUCCUCCUUCGAAUACCUUCCUCCCCAUCUGUCAGCUCCCUGCCACUGUGCCACCGUGCUGGGACCUUCUUCCACCAGCUGGAGCCUCCACCGCACCCUGCAUUUAGAGGCAAUUGUUGUGUUGCUAGUGCUGCAUCGAUAUCAGUAUUAUUAUUUCUUUAAGUUACCGAUUUCAUUCGUUGGCUUGGGUGAAGUUUUUUUUUUUUUCCUUAAAAAAAAAAAAAAAAAAAAAAAAGAAGAAAAAAAAAGGAAAAAAAAGAAAAAAAAAAAAAGAAGAUGAAGAUGAAGACAAGAGACUUAUCUUGGGUUUUAUUUCCUGUGUGUGUGUGUGUGCAAAUCACUGGCACUUGGUUCAUCUGAGCAAGGCAAGGUGGAGUCAGGGUGAUGGGAGACUUAAUCACGAAGCUACUGUAAACUUUAAAAAUUACUGCAAGAUAUUUUUAUAAAGUUUUAGUUUCUUUUUUUUUUUGUUUGUUUGUUUCAGUUUGUUUUGGUUUGUUGUUUUGUGUUUUGUUUUUCUGAAGGGGGGAGGAGGGUGGGGUUGGGUGGAUGGGGCCCUACUUUUUGUUUGCGUUUCAGUUCUUAGGUCUCGCUAAUUUAUAUAUACAUAUAUAUAUAUUUAAAAAAUAAGCUGUUAGAUAUAUCUUCUGUUUAAUAACUGUGUAGAGGCAACAUCGAUCCUUAUUUAUUUUGCGGAGGAGGGGGAAAAAAGACACAGCAACCUCGUAAGUGUUCAUCUUGUGACUUGGAGAAAGAAGAAUCGCCGCCUUUUUUCCUCCUCCUCGAGAGUUAACGUGACCAAGUGUAACUUAUUCUGGCCCAAGUUCAAAGGUUAAACAAACAGACCAAGAAACAAACGUGGUUUCACGCCUGGAAGACAAAACGCAGUGAAGAGUUCUUCUUGACUGAGAUUUUAAGAAUGUAGGCUUAGCAUUAGUGUUCAGCUCUUCUAUGACCUUCGAUUGCUGCUCGUUGGGUUCCUAUGGGUGUAUGUCGUAUCGCAAGAUUAUGAUUAUUUAUUUAUUUUUUAAAUGAUAAUGUUGUAUGAGUUCUUUUUUUGGUUGUUGUUGUCGUCGUUGGUUUUUUUAAUCAUUUUUGCCCUUCUCGGACCAGUUUUACUUGUACAUAGGUUUGGAGAUUAAAAAUGGAUUUUUAAAGACACAACUGGGGCAAAGACCUUUGACUUUGGCCCCGCUUCCCCAUUCCCCCAAAACGGGAGGGAUUUAUUUUACGUUUCCGUUCUAUUUAUUUAUUUAUUUUCCCUACUCCCAACCCUUUUCUCUCGUAUUGCUGUGUGCAUGUCAGACACCGGGGGGUGAUGGCUGGGGAGGGGGGGAGGCAAAGGGUGCAGGAGAGGGGGGCAGUUUUAAUUGCAUGACAUUGCUGUAAAUUAGUCUCUUUUGCUUUCGUUGUCUUUCCUGCCUCCGCCCUCUCUCUACUUCUCCUCCGAGCUCCCCUCCCAUCACCCCCGUCCUUCUUUUCCCUCUUUUCUCUUCCCUUGUGUAUAGAUUUUGAUGCUUCUGUUACAUUGUACCUCUACGAAAGGCUGGGAUUUCAAUACAAAAUAAUAAUAAUAAUUUAAAAGAAUACCUAUAUCAGCAAAACCCACGCGGUACAAGCAGGAAGGGGAUUACCUACACAAGAUAUAAGAAUAAACGAAAGCAAUACCUCUUGUUAACCUUCCUAUUUUGUACUUUGGAGACACACACGCGCGCACACACACAUAUACAGACACAAACUGACGUUAUUUAAUGGUUUAAAAUGGACAACAAAAAAUCUGAUGUAUCCCUUGUUAAAUAACUGUGAGCAACUUUAGUUCAAAAACCAAUAAAUUCAUUCAGUAAAGAUA